AGGUACGCCUUUCCGGUCCGAUUUUAGGGGGCGGGACAGCAACGGUAAAAUGGCGGCGCCGGACAGUACGGUGUCUCCGGAGAAACCCAGGUAAGCUGUUUUGAAGGAGGAAAGUUCCCAAGAAAAGGGGACGGGGCGCACUGAUCUUGGGGAUGGAGGAUAUCCAUACGGAAAUGGAAGGAGCUGGGUCGCGCAACCACAAAAAGUACAGAGCAGGUCUGAAGAAGGAGAAACGAAAGAAACGUCGGCAGGAACUGGCGCGACUGAGAGACUCAGGAGUCUCCCAGGAUGAGGAGGAUGCUCUGACUGAAGAACAACAACUAGAAGAAGAGAAGCUGCUGGAGAGAGAGAGGCAAAAAUUACAUGAGGAGUGGUUGCUGAGGGAGCAGAAGGCACAAGAAGAAUUCAGAAUAAAGAAGGAAAGGGAAGAGGCAACUAGAAAACGACAGGAAGAACAAGAGAGAAAGCUAAAGGAAGAAUGGGAAGAACAGCAGAGAAAAGAGAGGGAGGAGGAGGAACAGAAACGCCAGGAGAAGAAGGAGAGAGAGGAAGCUGUGAAGAAGAUGCUGGAUCAGGCUGAAAAUGAGCUGGAAAAUGGCACUACAUGGCAAAACCCGGAACCGCCGGCAGAUCUGAGAGUCAUGGAGAAAGAUCGAGCUAACUGUCCAUUCUACAAUAAAACAGGAGCUUGCAGAUUUGGAGAUAGGUGUUCACGUAAGCAUAAUUUCCCAACAUCUAGCCCCACCCUUCUGAUCAAAAGCAUGUUUACAACAUUUGGAAUGGAGCAGUGCAGACGGGAUGACUAUGACCCCGAUGCAAGCCUCGAGUACAGCGAGGAAGAAACCUACCAGCAGUUCCUCGACUUCUAUGAUGAUGUGCUCCCUGAAUUCAAGAAUGUGGGCAGAGUGGUUCAGUUCAAGGUCAGCUGCAACUUGGAACCUCAUCUGAGGGGCAAUGUAUAUGUUCAAUACCAGUCGGAAGAGGAAUGUCAAACAGCCCUUUCUUUGUUCAAUGGACGAUGGUAUGCAGGCCGACAGCUUCAGUGUGAAUUUUGCCCUGUGACACGGUGGAAGAUGGCGAUUUGUGGCUUGUUUGAAAUACAGCAAUGUCCAAGAGGGAGACACUGCAACUUCCUCCACGUGUUCCGAAAUCCCAACAAUGAAUUUUGGGAGGCUAAUAGAGACCUCUACCUGUCUCCAGAUCGGACUGGCUCCUCGUUCGGGAAGAAUUUUGAGAGAAGGGACAGGGUGGGUCAUCAUGACGAAUACUACAGCAGGCCUAGGAGGAGGAGAAGCCCUAGUGCAGACCACUCCUACAAAAGAAAUGGGGAAUCUGAGAGGAAAAGGAGGAAUAGUCACAGGGGGAAGAAAUCCCAUAAACACACGACAAAGAGUCGGGAGAGGCACAGUUCAAAAAGUAGAGGAAGAAAACGGGCCCGAAGUAGGGGCCGGGGCAGCCGGAGCCAGAGCCAGAGCCGCAGGAGCCACCGCAGCCGCAGCCGCAGCCGCAGCCGCAGCCAAAGCAGGAGCCGCAGCCCAAGCAGGAGCCGCAGCCUGUCUGUCUCCAGGAGUCACGGUGGGCGGACAUCCCGGAGUAGAGACAUAGCUGUUCAGAGUCCCAAAUCCAAAUAAACUUGUGUUUUUACU